AUGACAUCACACGCAUGCCAAGACGCUAGAGAGAAAGCGGGGAUUCUGAAGGGAGAGAACCAUGGCUACGGGUACGGAGCAACGACGACAUCGCGACAUGUCCGUUUCGACGGGGGCGAGAAGGAGGCUUUUGAAGACUACAAUGCACUGAUCGGAUGGGACGAUCUUUUGCCAUGGCAGCGAGACAAUGAGUUCAUGCUCACAUCCUAUCGACGAGCAACGUUUUCGUACCUACGCUCUCUAAAGAGCGUCCUUGAGAUCCAUAAUGAGACAGUGAACAUUUGGUCACACAUUCUGGGUACCGCCGUGUUCGCCUGCAUUGCAGUUGCUUUGUACUUUUCUACACGUCAAAGUCGUAUUGAAGAAAAUAAUAGGAGUGGCGACGAUGGAGCAAUCUACGUCUACUUUGGCUCCGUCAUAACUUGUUUCUUCUUUUCGUUUAUGUCAGUACCUCUUGACCCUACAUUCACAGCUCUAGAUACAGAAGAACUGGUGAGACUGACAUUCGGCAGCUACCACAUCUUCCUUGAUCACAGUGAGCAGGUCCGGACCUGGACGGGCCGAUUCGAUUACCUUGGUAUCGUGGUUCCACUCUAUGGCACGACCAUUGCCAGUACGCACUUUGCUUUCCACUGUGAGCCUUUACUGGAGGAUACCUACGGUGUCUUUGCCACUGUGACCUUCCAGGUCAUCUUUAUCGUCAUCAUGCCGUUCGCGAUUAACAUGCUCUGGUCGGCACCAGAGAUCAACCCCUACAACAAGAAGGCCACUUCCAUCCCAGUCUUGAACCCCAUCAACAAGUAUGGACGGGUGUUUUUCUUCUCGUACCUGGGCUUCUUCAUUGCGUUUUGGUCAUGGUACGCGUUUCCACCUCUGCUGAGUAAGAGUAUCAAGGCAGACAUGCAUCUGUCCCAGAAUGAAAUCGCCAACUCCAACAUUGUCGCGCUAUGCGCAACACUACUGGUUCGCUUCAUUGCGGGACCUAUGUGCGAUCACUUUGGCCCGCGUAUCACAUUUGCGUCACUGCUAUUCGCCGGUGCUAUCCCAACUGCGCUUGCUGGUACCGCUCACAACGCAAUGGGCUUGUACUUCAUCCGGUUCUUCGUUGGUAUCCUCGGAGGCACUUUCGUGCCUUGUCAGGUCUGGACUACUGGUUUCUUCGACAGGAAUGUCGUUGGAACUGCCAAUGCCCUAGUCGGCGGCUGGGGUAACUCUGGUGGUGGUAUCACAUACUUCGUCAUGCCUGCCAUUUACGACUCUCUCAAGGGCGACCAAGGCCUCUCUUCGCACGUCGCAUGGAGAGUAUCCUUCAUCGUUCCCUUCAUCCUGAUCACCGCUUGCGCCACCGCUCUUCUGCUUCUGACCGAAGACACGCCUACAGGAAAGUGGUCUGAGCGCGGUGCUGCCGUCGCAUCCAGCGCCGACCAGAACCACACUGCGUCUGUUGUCCCCACAACUGGAGCCUUGGAUGACAAGCCUGCGACUACCGGAUCAAUUUCCUCCAGUGACGAGAAGAAGCAAGAACGACCGACCUCUGAUGUUGAAUCUGGCCGCGGUGACGUUCAAAUCGUGGACGAGUUCCAACACGAAGUAGUCGUCAAACCCACCUUGAAGGAAGGACUCAAAGUUAUGUUCUCACUUCAAACUUUGAUGCUCUGCGCGGGCUACUUCUGCUCUUUCGGCGGUGAACUAGCAAUCAAUUCCAUUCUGGGUGCUUACUACCUCAAGAACUUCCCGUACCUUGGACAAACGCAGUCUGGACGAUGGGCAGCUAUGUUCGGUCUCCUGAACAUUAUUACUCGACCGCUUGGUGGCUUUGUCGCCGAUCUAAUCUACAAGGUUACCGGUCACAACCUCUGGGCGAAGAAGUUCUGGAUUCACUUCGUCGGCGUCAUGUCUGGUAUCUUUUGCAUCGUCAUUGGCAAGCUAGACCCGCACAACUUGAGCGAGAUGAUCGGUCUCAUCGCUGUUAUGGCGAUCUUUCUGGAGGCUGGUAACGGUGCGAACUUUGCGCUCGUACCUCACAUCCACCCUCACGCUAAUGGUAUCCUCUCUGGUAUCGUCGGCGCGACUGGUAACUUUGGUGGUAUCAUCUUUGCCAUCAUCUUCCGCUACCACAAGACGGACUAUGCGCAGGUGUUCUGGAUUGUUGGCAUCAUGAUCAUUGUGCUUAACUGCAUGUUCAUGUGGGUGAAGCCUAUUCCCAAAGGCCAAAUUGGUGGCCGUUGA